AUGGCCGCGCGUAAUUUGUCAACGGGGAGUUCGUACUACCUGCCAUCUCCAAUGAUGCGUUCUUUGGAUGCUGGAGAGAGUGUGAAGUUUAUUGUAGUGACCGGUGGCGUCUGCAGCUCACUUGGGAAGGGCGUUACGACCUCUGCAACAGGUGCACUUCUUCGUGCCCAGGGCUACCGCGUUUGUAGCAUCAAGAUUGAUCCAUAUAUUAAUAUGGAUGCUGGAUUAAUGAGUCCCUAUGAACAUGGAGAGGUGUAUGUUCUUGAGGAUGGAGGUGAGGUGGACCUUGAUCUUGGAAAUUAUGAACGUUGGAUGUCAGUGCACUUGAGGCGAGAUCACAAUAUUACAACUGGAAAAGUUUUCCAAAAAUUAAUUUCAAAGGAGCGAUCUGGUGGAUUUUUGGGGAAGACAGUGCAGUUGGUGCCUCACUUUACAAAUGAGGUUGUGGAUCAAAUCUUUGAAGUUUGUCAAGAGGCGGUUUGUGAAGGUGGAAAGCGUCCUGAAAUCUGUUUGAUUGAGCUCGGUGGAACUGUGGGAGAUAUGGAGUCACAACCCUUUGUGGAAGCUCUUCGCCGUCUUCGUUACUCUAUUCCUCCACAAGACUUUUGCCUAAUGCACACAACAUAUCUUCCUGUGUUUGGUGGAUCCCAGAAGACAAAGCCGACGCAACACAGUUCUCGUACAUUACUUUCCCUUGGUCUUCAACCAGAUUUCUUGAUAUGCCGCAGUGAAGAACGCCUUGCAAAAGAAGUAAGGGAAAAGUUAAGCAAUCAGUGUGGUGUUCAGUUGUGCGAUAUUAUUGGAGCACCCAAUGUAGAUUGUCUUUACGAUAUUCCUGUGGAAUUCACGAAUGAAGGAUUAAUUAACCGUAUACUGCACAAACUUCGAUUAUCCCCUAAAGUACCACCUUUGGAUGUACCUACUUAUGAUACAUUUGUUAAGUACACAAAAAUUCUUCGUGAUAUGUCAAACCCUGUUGUACGAAUUGCUUUUGUGGGUAAGUAUGUUGGAGGUGGUGGAGACGCUUAUUUCUCAGUUCUUCAGUGCUUUGAACACUGCCAAAUUGCCCUUGGUGUAAGACUUGACAUUUUGUACAUUGAAUCCGAAGAUCUAGAAGGCCCUAACGCCGAUGAAGCUAAACAAGCAAUUCUUGAAUGCGAUGGUAUAUUUGUCCCUGGUGGUUUUGGAGUUCGUGGAGUGGAUGGCAAAUGUAUUGCUGUUGAAUUGGCGCGAACACACAAUAUUCCCUACUUUGGUGUUUGCCUUGGCAUGCAGGUGGCCCUCAUUGAGUACUGCCGCAAUGUCCUUGGCUGGAAAGAUGCAAACAGUGAAGAGUUCAACCCCUCAAGCACCCACCAAAUCGUACGUAUCAUGGACUGCGAUCGCACGAGCAUGGGAGCCAACAUGCACCUUGGCGCCCGAGCGGUGCACAUUGUGGAGCCGUCCUCGCGUCUCUCGAAGAUUUACUCCGGCGCGCCCGUUGUGGUGGAGCGGCACCGCCACCGCUACGAGGUGAACACAACGUACGUGGAGAACCUGCGAUCGGCCGGCGUGGUGAUCAGCGGCGUGUCGGACCCGCAGUUCGGACCGCAGUGCCGCGUCGAGGCGGUGGAGCUCCCCGCCAACCGCUUCUUCCUCGCCGUGCAGUACCACCCGGAGUUCGUCUCCUCCCCGAUGGACCCCUCCCCGCCGUACGUCGCCUUCAUGGCGGCAGCCGCGCGGAAGGAGUACACGUGGCCAGAAACCUGCGCAGCGCGAAGGGUAAAGGUCCCAACCGUGUUAACACACAGAGAAGUCGUCUCCAAGUAA